AUGGCCCGAGCUUUCAAGGAAGACAUGGCUAUUAGGAAGCGAGGCGUUGCGUUAGUCGUCAUCGCCGUGCUCGUCGUCGUCGGCGGCGGUCUGUCCGGCCUCGCCGCCCUGCGCCACCGCGGCGGCGGCUCCUCGAGCAGCGGCGCCGCGGCCAGCGACGAGAUCACCGACGACACGCACUUUUACGGCCAGUCCGAGCCCGUCUACCCGGCGCCCGAGGCCAAGGGCACGGGCGAGUGGGCGGCCGCGUACGAGAAGGCGGCGGCCAUGGUCAGGAACAUGACCUUUGCCGAGAAGAUCAGCCUCACGGCCGGCGUGCGCGCCGAGACGAGCUGCUCCGGCAACGUCCCCGCCGUCAAGCGUCUCGGGUUCCCGGGUAUGUGCAUGAGCGACGCCGGCCAGGGCCUGCGGAUGACCGACUUUGUCAGCUCCUUCCCCAGCGGCAUCCACGUCGGCUCGAGCUGGAACCGGGGCCUUGCCCGGAGGCGAGCGAGGGAGAUGGGCGCCGAGUUCAAGAGGAAAGGGGUCAACGUCCUGCUCGGCCCGGUGGUGGGACCCCUAGGGAGGACGGUGCUGGGAGGCCGGAACUGGGAGGGCUUUUCUGUCGACCCAUAUCUAUCUGGGCAGUUCGCCUUCGAGACCGUGACGGGCGUGCAGGCAGUCGGAGUCAUGACGAGCACGAAGCACUACAUCGGCAACGAGCAAGAGACGAACAGGAUGCCCUCGGGCCAGACGCAGGCCGUCUCUGCCAAUAUAGACGACAAGACGAUGCACGAGGUCUACCUCUGGCCCUUUCAAGACGCUGUUCGCGCCGGCACCGCCAACAUCAUGUGCUCCUACCAGCGCGUCAACAACUCGUAUGGGUGCGCCAACAGCAAGACGCUCAACGGGCUCCUGAAGACGGAGCUCGGGUUCCAGGGCUUCGUCGUGACGGACUGGAACGCCUUGUACACGGGGUCCGCGGCCGCACUUGCCGGCCUGGACAUGGCCAUGCCCGGCGACGAAGGGCUCUGGGGCGACAAGCUCGCCGAAGCGGUCAAGAACGGCACGGUCCCGGAAUCCCGCCUGACGGACAUGGCCACGAGGAUCAUCGCCGCGUGGUACCGACUCGGCCAGGACGCAGACUUCCCCGAUCCGGGCGUCGGCAUGCCGCCGGACCUGUCCAAGCCGCACCAGAUAGUGGACGGCAGGAAUGCCUCGUCCAAGCCCGUUCUCCUGGACGGCGCCAUCGAGGGCCACGUCCUGGUGAAGAACGUGAACAAGACGCUGCCGCUAAAGUCACCCCGGAUGGUCUCCAUCUUUGGGUACUCGGCCAAGAGCCCCGACCAGAACAACUGCGUCGGGCCCGGCGCCCUCGCCUGGAUGAACGGGCUCGGCUUCACGUCGGGCGCCACGCCGCAGGACGCGGGCAUCUCUACGGCCGGCACGAUAUACAGCGGCGGCGGCUCCGGCGCGACCUCGCAGUCGCUCCUGAGCUCACCGUACGACGCCCUGGUGAGCCAGUUCUUCGAGGACGGCACCGAGGCGUUCUGGGACCUGACGUCGGCCGAGCCCGCCGUCAACCCGGCCUCGGACGUCUGCCUCGUCCUCGCCAACUCGUACGCCUCGGAGGGCUACGACCGCCCCGCCGCGCGCGACGACUACACCGACGGCCUCGUCAGGCGCGUCGCCGACCAGUGCAACAACACCGUCGUCGUCGUCCACAACGCCGGCGCGCGGCUCGUCGACCGGUUCGUCGACCACCCCAACGUCACGGCGCUCAUGUUUGCGCACCUGCCCGGCCAGCACUCGGGCCGGGCCCUGGCCUCGCUGCUCUACGGCCGGGCCAACCCGUCGGGCAAGCUGCCCUACACCGUGGCCAGGAACGAGUCCGACUACGGCGGCGGCGGCGGCGGCGGCGUCUACGCGCCCGCCAGGGGCGAGGGCCGGUUCCGGUGGUUCCCGCAGGCCGACUUCUCCGAGGGCGCGCUCGUCGACUACCGCCACUUUGACGCCCGGGGCAUCGAGCCGCGGUACGAGUUCGGCUUCGGGCUGUCGUACACGACCUUUGCCUACAGCGACCUGCGCAUCACCAGCCUUCUGUCCUCCACCAAUAGCAGCGCGAGCAACAACAGCACCAACAGCACCAACAGCACGGGCGAGUACCCGGUCGGGCCCGUCAGGGAAGGCGGGCCCGCGGACCUCUGGGACGUCGUGGCGCGCGUGACGGCCAACGUCACCAACACGGGAGACGUCGGCGGCGCCGAGGCGGCCCAGCUCUACGUGUCGAUGCCUCCUGGCGGCGGCGGCGGCGACGGCGACGGCGACCGUGACGACGACGUCCCCGUCCGCCAGCUCCGGGGCUUCGACAAGCCGUUCAUCGGCGCGGGGCGGUCGGCGACGGUCAGCUUCGCGCUCACGAGGCGGGACCUGAGCGCGUGGGAGGUCGCGGCGCAGAGGUGGCGCCUGCGCCGCCGGGGCGCGUCGUACGGGGUGUACGUCGGGCCGAGCAGCAGGAGGCUGCCGCUGCGGGGGGAGCUGGUGCUGUGA